GCUGAGCCGCCGUGGACUCCUCCCACCGCGUUGCCAGUCUGCGGGGUCUGCGCUUCGCUGGCGAUGGAAGGUGUGUUGCUGAAAUGGACAAACUAUUUCUCCGGCUGGCAGCCUCGUUAUUUCAUCCUGGACGGCACCGUCCUCUCGUACUACGAUUCCCAGGAUGACGUGGGGAAGGCCAGCAAGGGGAGCAUCAAGAUGGCCGUCUGCGAGAUCAAAGUGCAUGCCACAGACAGCACGCGCAUGGAGCUGCUGAUCCCAGGAGAGCAGUGUUUUUACCUCCAGGCGCUGAACGCAGCGGAGAGGCAGAAGUGGCUGGUGGCUCUGGGCACUGCGAAGGCCUGCCUGGCUGACAGCAGGACCAAGAAGGAGAAAGAGCUACGGGAUGCCAGCCACACUCUGAAGGGGAAGAUGUCGGAGCUGCGGCUGUACUGUGACCUGCUGCUGGAGCAGGUGCAGCAGAUCCAGGGGGGUGCAGAGCCCAGGGAGGGGGAGGGCCCCCCCCUCCCCGACACAGAGAGGAUGACCGAAGCCUCCUCGCUACUCAAGCAGACGUGCCAGCAGUUUGUGGGCGCCCUGGAGGACUGCAUGCGAAUCGCCAGCAGUCGUGUACCCCCAGAACUGUGCCAGCUCUCCCCACCGGACUCCCCGGCAAUGAUGGUGCCCCCAGAGCGACUGCGCCCCCGGCGGGUGAGCCGCUCAGUAAGUCACACAGGAGCAGUCACACCUGAGAGGGUCCCGACCGCGCAGGACGCCCGGGAGGGGCAGACCGUGAGGAGGAACCUGGAGGAGAUGGUGGCGCACCGCACCCACCAGAGACUGAGCCAGCGGAGAGAGAGGCAUGGGCCGCCAGGCGCUCCGAGCGAGGGCGCGGCCGAAGCCAGCUUCCAGUCUGCAGACUCUCCACAAGGGGGCGCCCUGGUGCAGAACGGGACAGAGCAGCCCUCCAAGACUCUGCAGGAGUCGGGCUCGUUCUGAGUGUGACCCGGGGGCGAUGCGUGGCUGCAGUGGGGGGAGUGGACGAGGGGUCAGGAGUCAGUAAGGAGCUGGACCCGGGUUCACACUUCUCAUUCCUGCCGAUUUUUUUGCAAGUUCUGAUCCACCGGUGGUCUGGUUCAGUCCAGUCUUGCUUGACUGGGUCGCGGAGCCUCCAGGCUUCAGCGGGGUCGAGUCACUGCUUGUGUUUCAGGGAGCCUUCCAAAGCCAAACCCUGCAAAGCCAAAACAAAACUCUGCUUUACUGAUUGGAGGAGCGAAACUAAUGUGCCAAAAAUAACUUUUUUUUUGUUUGUUUUUCUACAUUUGUCUCAAGUUUUGGAGAUGGGGCAGCUCGAGGGUAACGUCCUGUGCCCAUACACUACUAUACACAAAGCUUAACUUCAGAUAGCGUUGAAUCGGUGGAUUCUGUGGAGUCUUGCAGUACCAGGAAUGUCUCUCUAAUGCAUCUCCUUCCUCGAACGCAGUGCGUGGACACUAACGCGUCAUUCAGAGCUAUUAAACACGCCAGCCGUGUGCUGGGCAGAGAAGCGGGUGUCUGAGUCAAUAUUCUCUAUAGUCUCUAUGUGCAAUAUAUUGACUUUUUGUAAAUUGCAUUUUCCUUAAUAUUAAAAAAAAAAAAACCUUGUUUGUAAAGCCACAUUCGAGUGAUGUUCAUUUAAAGACGUUUAGAAAUACUUUUUUAAAACUGCUGUUGAUUUGUUUCUUCCAAGUAUUUCUAAAUUUAGAGUGGGGUCAUUGAUGAU